ACAGCGAGUCUCUGUGACCAGCUGGACAAAGACUCGCUGUCAGUCGACUGCCGUCUGACUCGCGUCCCAGCGACCGGACACACAAACGGAGAGCCGGACGCCGCGCUGCUCUGACCCGACCUGACGACCCUCCUGCCUGCCUGCCGUCACCUUCACUCUUCAUCCUCCAGGAGACGACAUGACGCGCUGCCGACGGCUGUUCCUGCUGGUUUGCUUUGGGAUGCUUCAUUUGGGCUCUGGACUUCGCUGCUACAAGUGUUCAGAUUACACCGGACGCUGUGAGAACGUCCAGGAGUGCACGUACGAGGACUCGUGUAUUUCUCUGAGUGAAAGAGGUGGUAAAACCAUCCGUCAGUGUAUCCGCUACACCGACUGCGAUAACUCUCGCCUCACUCAGAUGUUUCCCGCCAUCUCCGGCUUCACGUAUCGCUGCUGCAGCAGCAACCUGUGCAACUCCAGCAACGCCGUCUCCACGGCGACGCCCGUCCUGGCUCUGAUGGGGUCGCUGCUGAGCGUCUGGUGGUGUUGGAUCUGAUCUCAUGUUUCAGGAUCAUUACUGAUGUUUUUGUUAAGUUAACAUGAAUUAAACUGAGUGUCGUCGCUGUUCGUUGUAGCUUCUCAGGUCACGUUAAAUAAACAACGACACUUUUUUUACCUUUUUUGCUAAUUAUGAAUUUCAUACUGUACAAGUUUAACAAUAAA